AUGGCCUCAGAACAGGAAUUGUCUACGUCGUUCAUUCCAGCCCUGUAUAAGCCGGCUGCUUUAUUACCCAUUGCAAGGCACAAGAAAAGUCUUCUUUACCUGGUGGAAAAUUUCCCUGUCACCAUUGUGGUUGGACAAACGGGUAGUGGAAAGACAACCCAGUUGCCACAAUACUUGGAGCAGGCAGGAUGGUGCGAAGAAGGGAAAACAAUCGCUGUGACACAGCCUCGAAGGGUGGCCGCUACCACGGUUGCAACUCGAGUAGCAGAAGAGAUGCGUUGCAAAGUCGGUGAAGAAGUUGGUUACUCCAUUCGAUUUGAAGAUUUGACAUCUCCUGCAACCAAAAUCAAAUUCUUGACAGAUGGAAUGCUCCUCAGAGAGGCUCUGGUGGAUCCUUUGCUCUCACGGUAUUCUGUCAUCAUGGUCGACGAGGCUCAUGAAAGAUCUUUGAGCACAGAUAUCCUUCUUGGAAUUCUGAAGAAGAUCAUGAAGAAGCGACCUGAGCUCCGAAUCGUUGUCAGCAGUGCUACACUCCAGGCUGAGGAUUUUCUCCGCUUCUUCGCCGGCGAAGAAUACAAUCCCGAGGCAGAACCAGUUGACUUAGGUGGGAGUGUUGGAAGGAUCAUCAGCUUGGAAGGACGCAUGUACCCUGUGGACAUGUUGUUUCUUGAAUCUCCGGCAGAAGACUACAUUGAACGCGCAGUAAAAACAGUCUUCGACAUUCACAACCAAGAAGCAGAAGGCGAUGUACUUCUAUUUUUGACUGGCCGAGAAGAGAUUGACACCGCAAUCCAAUUAAUAUCCGAACGAGCAGCCACUCUUCAUCCCAAAGCACCUUUGCUUCAGCCAUUGCCACUUUAUGCUGGCCUUACCACAGAACAGCAGAUGUACGUUUUCGAGCCAACUGCAGAAAACACUCGCAAGGUUAUUGUUUCCACCAAUAUCGCAGAAGCAUCAGUAACGAUUGAUGGCAUUGUCUAUGUGAUCGACUGUGGAUUUGCUAAGCUCAGAGCAUACAACCCCACCACUGGCAUUGACACGUUGACCGCGGUGCCAAUCUCAAAGGCAUCUGCAACCCAGCGAGCUGGGCGCGCAGGAAGAACCAAACCAGGAAAGUGCUUCCGGCUUUACACACAGCAGGAUUAUGAGAAGAUGCCAGAUGCCACUGUACCCGAGAUCCAAAGGUCAAAUCUGGCACCUAUAAUAAUGCAACUGAAAGCCCUUGGAAUCGACAAUAUUGUCCGGUUCGACUUCUUGACAUCUCCGCCAGCCGAGCUGAUCAUUCGCGCUCUUGAGCUUUUGUCAUCACUUGGAGCUGUAGACGAUUAUGCCAAACUCACGAAGCCACUUGGAAUGCGCAUGGCAGAGAUUGCCCUGGAUCCUAUGAUGGCAAAGGUUGUCUUGGCUGCACCGUCUUUUGGAUGUCUAAGUGAGAUGCUCACCAUCGCGGCCAUGGUCAACCUCCAAGGAACGGUUUGGGUCCAACACUCCGGCGACAAAAGGUCUGCCGAAACCAAUCGGCGCAAGUUUGCCGUUGAAGAGGGUGACCACCUGACGUACCUGAAUGUCUACCAAGCUUUCGUAACGAAAGGAAAGAAAGACCCGAAAUGGUGUCGUGACAAUCUCCUGAACUAUAAAGCAUUGCUACGAGCAGUGAGUAUUCGCGGUCAGUUAAAGCGGUACCUAGAACGCUUCGGCAUUCAAGUCGACGAGACGCUUUCGUCGCAUAGCAGCGUCGACUUGGGUGCUCAGCCUGAGAAGAUCCGGCGAUGUCUUACAGCUGGCUACUUUGCCCAUGCGGCCAAGAUGCAGCCAGACGGAACGUUCAGGACCGUCAGUGGAGGGCUCACCUUACAUGCCCACCCCAGCUCAUUGAUGUUUAACCGGAAAGCUGAUUGGGUUAUCUUCCAUGAAAUUAUGCAAACCGGGGAAAAGACUUACAUUCGUGAUGUCACGAAGAUCGAGAAGAGUUACCUGCUGGAGUAUGCCCCUGAAUACUACCAAAUCAGAUAA